AGCCGGGGUGCAUCAGCAGCGGGGAUGAGGACAUGUCUGAGUCCACAUAGAGGAGCGCAGCGCCGCCGCUAGUUGGACGCGUCCUUGCGCUUUAUCGCACAGGUGGAGCGUAUUAACCAUUCCCCCCGACACUGUCGCUGAGCGCAGGCUGAGGAUGAACAGCAUACGGCAGGUGCCCACCCGGGUGAAGAGCCGGCGGACCGAGGCCAGCCUCGGAGCGGAGAGGGAUCAUUUUGAGAAGCAGCAGCUCAGCAGCAUCAGCAAAGCCAUCAACAACACUGAGACACCUGUGAAGGAGAAGCAUGCCCGCCGAAUCAUCCUGGGAACACACAGAGAAAAGGGAGCCUACACCUUCUGGUCCUACUCGCAGGGCUUCCCUUUGGCCGGCAACUCCAUCCUUAGCUGGAAGUUCUGCCACGUAGUGCACAAAGUUCUGCGUGAUGGGCACCGCAAUGUUCUGCAGGACUGCAUGAGACAUCACAGUUCUCUAGUUGAAGUCGGGCAACUAUGGGGCCAUCUCCAUGACAGAUAUGGACAGUUGGUGGGUCUGUACACCAAGCUGCUCUGCACAAAACUGGAGUUUCAUGUGAAGCAUGCAGAAAUCCCACCAAACCUAGAGGUCAAAGAUGAAGUUCUGGAGCGCGUUGCAGGAACAGACAUCAAUAAUGUGUUCCAGCUCACAGUCGAGGUGUUUGAUUACCUGGACGCAGAGCUGCGGCUAGCAGAGACAGUGAUCCGUCAGCUGAACACAUCCAUCGCAAUCUCCACUCUCACAUCCGGCCAGUGUCGUCUUUCUCCACUCAUCCAGGUCAUCCAGGACUGCAGCCACCUGUACCACUUCACUGUCAAGCUGCUUUUUAAGCUUCAUGCCUGUCUCCCUGCUGAUACCUUACAAGGACACCGUGAUCGUUUUCAUGACCAGUUCCGCAGCCUUAAGACCUUCUUUGAUAAAGCCAGAGACAUGAUGUACUUCAAAAGGCUGAUCCAGAUUCCCAAGCUACCUGAUUCCCCGCCUAAUUUCCUGCAUGCAGCUUCACUGGCCAAACAUGUGAAGCCAGUGGUGGUCAUACCCGAUGACGAUGAGGCAGAGCAACCAGAUGAUGAUGACGAAGAGCCAGAGCCGCUCAUCGAGGUCAGCGAGGUCUCAACAUCCAGCAUUCAGACGCAGCCGCAGCAAUUUGAUAUAUUUGACCAGGCAUUUGGACCUCCAAAUGGAGGCUUUGACGACAGGGACAUCCAGAUUGAAAGCCUGAAGUCGGAGCUUGAACUGCUGAGACUGGAGUUGGAGAAAGUCAAAGGAGAGGCUCAGCGCUACAUCACACAGCUCAAGUCCCAGAUCAACAGUUUGGAGUCAGAGCUGGAAGAGCAGCGUUUGCAGAAACAACGUACACUUGUGGAGAAUGAGCAGCUGCGCAUGGAGCUGGAGGCAACCCGUCGCCGGAACGCAGAGUACGAGAGCGUACAGUCCACUUUCAUCGAGGCAGAAAAAAGGGCACAAGGCACCGAGCAGCGGUACAACAAGCUGAAAGAGAAGCACACAGAGCUGGUGGCCAGCCAUGCUGAGCUACUUCGUAAGAGUGCAGAUACUGUCAAGAUGCUGUCAGCAACUCAGCAGACCCAGGACGAAGUGGAGAGGACCAAGCAGCAGCUGUCCUUUGAGGUGGAUCGGAUAAAACAGGACGCUGAUAUGAAGAUGGAAGAGCAGAAGUUUGAGAUGGAAAGGAUGAAAAGAGAGUUGGAGGAGAAGAUGGCAGAAGUGACACGCAUCAGGGCAACACUGCAUAGCAGUGAGAAGACGUCCGAGGACAUGAACGGCUCAAUGAAAGCUCUGCAGGCGGAGAAGGAGCGUUUGAUGCGUUCUGUGAGUGAGAAGGAGGCGGAGCUGUCGUCUCUGCGGCAAUCCGCGCAGGUGCAGCAGUCAUCACUUCAGCAGGAGCGAGAGAAGAGCAGCAGGGAGCUGGGAGAGCUGCAGGGAAAACUGAAGGAGAAGACAAAUCAGGAGGAGCGGAUGAAGCAGAAGCUCCUGGACGAGCAGUUUGUUUUGCUACAAGGAACAAUAACAGAAGUGGAGAGUAUCAUCAAAGAUGCUGUUGCCAAGUUGGAUGAUCCUCUCCACAUACGGUGUACCAGCUCUCCAGAUUACCUCAUAAGUCGGGCGGAGGCCACUCUGGGCUCCAUCGACAAAAUGAAAAAAGGUCAUGCAGAUUAUCUUAGUAACAUGACAGAUGCUGGAGGACUGCUGAGGGCUUUGACCCAAUUCUCCCACUUGGCUGCAGAUACAAUUAUAAACGGCAGCGCUACUGCACACAUGGCACCUACUGACCAUGCAGACCGACUGACGGAGAACUGCAGAGGUUGUGCUACUCAGAGUUUGCAGUAUCUGAAUGACCUGAGGUCCAAGGCUACCCUGCAGAAGGCAGAUCCAGCCUCCAUUCGUGCAAUUAUACAGAACAUCCUCCAACUUGGCCAGGAGUUGCGUCCGAAAGGAAUGGACAUCCGUCAGGAAGAGCUGGGAGAUCUGGUGGACAGGGAGAUGUCAGCAACAUCAGCAGCUAUUGAGGAGGCAGUCCGCAGGAUUGAUGAAAUGAUGAAUCAGGCACGAAAAGACACUUCAGGAGUUAAACUGGAGGUCAAUGAGAGAAUCCUCAACAGCUGCACUGAUCUGAUGAAGGCCAUCCGCAUGCUGGUCAUAGCGUCGACAGAUCUGCAAAAGGAGAUUGUUGAAGGUGGGAGGGGUGCAGCCUCUAUUAAGGAGUUCUAUGCUAGAAACUCUCGCUGGACUGAGGGACUCAUAUCUGCUGCCAAGGCUGUGGGAUGGGGAGCCACCGAGAUGGUGGAAUCUGCUGAUAAGGUGGUGCUCCACACAGGCAAAUAUGAGGAGCUGAUCGUCUGCUCUCAUGAGAUUGCUGCAAGCACGGCACAGCUGGUCGCUGCCUCGAAGGUCAAGGCUGAUCGCAACAGCAAGGGGCUGUCAGUUCUCCAGCAGGCUUCUCGCCGUGUCAACGAGAUGGCUGCGAAUGUGGUGGCCUCAACUAAAACGGGCCAGGACAACCUGGAGGAGAAAGAAACCAUGGACUUCUCGGGGAUGUCCCUCAUCAAGCUUAGAAAAGAAGAAAUGGAGUCGCAAGUGAAAGUGCUAGAAUUGGAAAGCCAGUUGGAGAAUGAGCGUCUGCGUUUGGGUGAGCUGAGGAAGAAACACUACAACCUGGCUGGAGUUCCUGCCGAUCAGAUCCCUGAGGGGAACGGGGAAACCUCCUCGCUGGCACAUCCUGUCACUAUGUCACCGAAACCAGCCAAGCCUGCACUCCUGAAGAAACCCGCAUUGGCACAAAAACCCAAAACUUUGUUUCGGUAAAUGCCAGAGCAGAAGACAGUGUGGCCUGCUGGAUUGAAAAGGAAGCUAAUUUGCCUUUUUGUGAACAUUUUUUUUAAGUUGCAUGCUGACAAUCCACUGUCAUCCUGCUUCUUACUUUCAGAAAGAAGGGUCAGUACUGCAUCUCCUUAUGCCAUCUUCCUUUUUUUUUUUUCUUGCCAAAAUGGACCAAGAGCCUGUUUUUUUGUUUUGUUUUUUUAUCCUUGAUGCCUGUAGGGAUUUGCUGUCUUUUUUUUAAGAGAGCUUUUUUAAAAGAACAAGUAAAUAAAUAAAAUAAUCACACAUUCAAUUUUUUUUCUUUUAAAUAUCUGGCAUCAAGAACGAAAAUUGUAAAUGAUUUUCUUUUAGGCUUUUUGAUAUUUUCUUUUAUUGUAAUUUUUUUUUAAUGAUUAAUACUAAUCCAAUUUUUUUUUUUCAAGAAAAAAAGGAAAGAUUAAUAUUUGAUUACAAAUUGACAGCAUUUCUUGUAGGUCAACUGAUUUGAUCAUAUAUAUGACACAUUUUUCCGCACUGUUUUGUAUGUUUAUUACAGGGCACAUCUUUUUUCCCCAUUAUGUACACUGCUGUAUUGCUAUUUAUGUUGUGGUGGGUGGUGAAGUGAGCUGGGGAAUCAGUUUGUGUUGCUGCAAAGAAUCUGACAUACCUCCAGCAUCGCCUUCAUGUGCAAAAUAUUUUAUUUUUUUUCAUUUUCAACAUUACAAUAUUGUCUUAGAGGCCUUGAAAUGUAAUGUACAAAUGCAUUAAAUACCUGUAAAGGUAUUGUCUGUAUAGGAAAGUACAACUCACUCUACACUUAAUUCUUGAUGGUCCCUUUAUGAGAGAAGAACUGAGAUAUUUUCAAGUAUAUUGACUUAAUGCUUACGCACACAUGUUGGAUGACAUCCUUAAUUAUUAAAUGCUUCUUUUAGGCCAAAUAUAAGGAUUAAGGGUUAGUUAAUAUACAAUAUCAAGGUGUUCUAGUCCUCUUUGCCUCUGGGAGCCUUUCUUAUAGGAUAUGUAAUGCAUUUUUUUAUGUUCCGUCACUUUCUUCUGUAUGAAAUGUCUUUAUACACUCAGAUCUAUUAAUAUAUUUUAGUAAAAAUACUGGUGGUGUAUCCUUGUAAGAAGUGUAAAUGUCAAA